AUGGUUGCAUACAUCAGAGCUCCAGUUUAUAAAACUGUUACAAAUUUUGGAAAAUUAAACCUCAAUGUUAUUAAAGAUUAUGUUCCAAACUUAAUCUUCUGGGGUGGUGCUGCCGGUGCCGGUGUUGCUGUUUUCACUGAAGGUAUUCCAUUAUUCCAAACUACUUUCUAUCAAAAGAUUCCUUAUUUUGGUGAACAUUGGGUUUAUAAUCCAGAUCCAGAAGAUAUUCCACUUUAA